GCGAUCACUCUGGAGGAAGAAGCAACAGCUUUUUGGCAUCGGCGGCCCCAGCCCAGUGCCGGAUCCCCUGUCUGGCUGCUUUGCAACCAUGUGGAACUUGCUCCUCUGCCUUCUCCCUACUGGGCUUCUGCUCCUCACCGCUGCACUCCUGCACUGGUCACUGGUGCGUACCCUCCUUCGGUACGUCAUGACAUGGGCAACGUGGCUCUUGUGGAAGGGCGUCUAUUGGAUUCUGGAACUCCCACCACCAACGACACACAGCGAGUGGAUGAAUGCUACGCUACAUGACCAGGCGGCAACGGUAGGGCCUCCUCUUCUCCGUCUGGUGUGCAAGCCUACAGCCCUGGCCCAGCACCUCCGCCUGCACUGCCCCACGCUCCGGCACCCUUCCCUGGCCACCGCCUGGCCCUGGGGGGACCCCCACCUCCAGACCCUCUCCAGCCUGCUCUGCGGGCCAGCCGAGGAGGACAGAUCCGGUGAUGGUAGGGGUAAGGUGCACUUCACCAGGGACCACCUCCUCCUCAGCGAUGGGGGACUCGUGGCCCUGGACUGGGCCACCACGUGGCUGAAGGAUGAGCCUCUGGUGGUGGGGGGUAAGUCCGAGCAGCAUCACCAGCAGCAUCUCCCCCAUGGGGCAUGCAGAAGCCCAGGCUGCCGCACCACCAACGGUCACCACCACAGCACCCUCCCCAUCCUGCUCGUCAUCCCCAACUGCCUGGGUGUGGUCACCGCUCACCUCCGGCGUCUCUGCGCCUUGGCGCUCCGCUGGGGCUUCUGGCCUGUGGUGUUCCACCGGCGCGGUCAGGGCGGCUGCCCGCUGACGACGCCCCGCUACCAGGAGUUCGGGGACCCCCGGGACCUGGCGCAGGCUGUGGCCUACGUCCACCGGAGGCACCCCGCGGCCAUGCUGGCGGCCGUGAGCGAGGGCUCUGGCUCAGGCUUGCUGCUGUCUUACCUGGGCGAGUAUGGCUCAUCCUCUUACCUGACGGCGGCGGCCUGCAUCUCGCCCGUGCUGCACAGCCAGCUGUGGUUCGAGACGCCGCUGCCCUCCCUCUACCACUGGGGGGCGCUUUACUACCGCAAGCUGCAGAUCAGCAGGUACGCCAGUGCUUUGAGUGGUGUGAUGGAUGUUGAUCGGCUGCUGAGAUGCAGGACUUUAAGGGACCUGGAGGAGCUGAUGUUCUGUGCAGGAGGCACCACCACCACAGUCACUAAGCUACCCCCACCACCAACAACACAGGCCACAGGAGAUAGAGAGGGGACCCACGUCUCUCCAGACAUAGCCCAUCAUCAUCCAGAGGUGUUCCAGAGCCACCCAGACGUGAUCCAUAAUCGCCUACCACUGGGGGCCCAACCGGAUGCGGGCCAGAACCAGCGGCCCGCGUCGGCCCAGGACUGGGAGGCCUACUGGGAGCGCAAUGAGCCCCUGCGGGAUGCGGACGAGGUGGCGGUGCCCGUCUUGUGCCUGUGCAGCUCCGACGACCCGCUGGUGCCCCCGCCGGCUGCCCCGCUCCUCACCUCCCUCUUCCGCGACAGCCCUUACUUCCUGCUGGGCCUCACCACACACGGAGGGCACUGCGGCUUCACCCAGGCUGCAGGGAAGGGAGGCGGUGGUGGUGGUGGUGGUAGUGGUGGAAGUAACGGUAGUAAUAACCGCAGUAUUAAUACUGGCACAGACACAAGUCGUGGUAGUGUUGAUAGUAGCAACCGCAGUACAAGUGCAAGUGCAAGCCCAGGUACCGCUACAAGCAGUUCCUCCUGGGGCCACCAGGUGGUGCUGGAGUACCUGCAGGUGGUGGGUGACUUCCUGAGAGGCGAGGAGAGGGACAGGUCUAGGGGGCCGCAGCAAGGCGCCAGGCAGAGGAGUGGCACCUUGCUGGCACGGAGGAGGAGGGCAAUGCAGGCGGUGCACAGGAAGAGGCACCAGUCCUACCAGCACACCCAGGACGAACUGGCAGAGGAGGAGCUGUUCACAUGGAACAGGUCAUACACACGAUGA